AUGGAACACACGUUGUUCGGCUGCCUGCGCAGCCCUCAUGCCGCCUCGCAAGGCUUGCACCCCUUUUCACAGUCGUCCCUGGCGCUGCAUGGAAGAUCCGACCACAUGUCCUACCCCGACCUCUCCACGUCUUCUUCGUCUUGCAUCAUCGCCGGCUACCCCAAUGAGGAGGGCAUGUUCGGUAGCCAGCAUCACCGAGGCCACCAUCACCACCACCACCAUCAUCACCACCAGCAGCAGCAGCACCAGAGCUUGCAAUCCAACUGGCACAUUCCUCAGAUGUCUUCUCCUCUGGCCUCCCCCAGGCAUAGCCUCUGCCUCCAGCAGGAUUCGGGACCCCCAGAACUAGGAAACAGCCCCUCUAUUUUGUGUUCAAAUGCCUCUAACUUGGGCAGUAGUAACAGCUCUUCUGGUUCGGCUUGCGCAAGUGGGGACUAUGGCAGGCAGACACUCUCCCCUUCUGACAUGGACAAGAGGACGGCCAAAAGGAAAAGUGACAGCUCAGGUAAGAGAAAGCUUACAAGGGACCUGAUGGGGGGGGGGGGGGGGGUUUCAUCCCGUGACCGUCAUCCUAAAUUCCUAGAAACUAGGUCCUAG